AUGGACUCUUUAAAGACAACCUACCCAAAACCUUGCAAGGGUCUAGGCGACAUUCAACGACCUUACCAUAUCAAGCUCAAGCCUAACGCUAUGCCAUUUUCUCUAAAGACACCACGGAGAAUCCCUCUGCCACUGAUGGGAAAGGUGAAGGAGGAGCUCCAGCGAAUGGAAGAGAUGGGGGUCAUCAGGCGCGUUGAAGAGCCUACAGAUUGGUGCGCUGGCAUCGUCGUUGUCCCAAAGAAGAACAGCCAGCGACUACGCCUGUGUGUGGACUUCACAGGUUUGAACCAGUAUGUGUGCCGCGAGAAGUACGUCCUACCAUCAGUCGAACAGAGCCUAGGGAUGCUAGCUGGAGCUAGGGUCUUCAGUAAGCUAGACGCGAACAUAGGUUUCUGGCAGAUUCCCUUAGCAGAGGAGUCAGCGAAGCUCACAACAUUUAUAACACCUUUCGGACGGUACCAUUUCCAGCGUCUUCCGUUUGGGAUUAACUCUGCGCCUGAGCACUUCCAGCGUGUUAUGGCUGAGGUCAUAGAAGGACUGGAUGGGGUAGUCUGCCACAUCGAUGACCUGCUGGUAUGUGGAAAAGACCAAGAUCAGCACGACGUUCGUCUACAUGCCCUACUGAGAAAGCUCGAGCAAGUAGGGGUAACUUUAAAUACAGACAAGUGCGAGCUCUCCAGGAGUGAGGUGGUCUUCCUCGGGCAUGUCAUCACCGCGUCAGGUAUCAGGCCUGAUCCAGAGAAGAUAAAGGCGAUCAGGGAUAUGAAAGAGCCUACGAACGUGAGCGAGUUGAGGAGCUUCCUGGGAAUGGUAAACCAGGUGGGGAAAUUCAUACCCCAACUGGCAGAGAAAGACAAAGCUCUCCGCGACCUCCUCUCAAAGAAAAACUGCUGGCUGUGGGGUGUGGACCAGGCGGCGGCUUUCAGGGUGCUGAAAGAGGCACUGACCUCUCCACCGGUCCUGGCCAUGUAUGACACGAGCAGGGACACCAAAGUAUCGGCAGACGCCUCAUCGUAUGGACUGGGGGGUGUGCUCCUCCAGAAAUGGGACAGUGAGUGGAGGCCGGUGGCUUACGCAUCCCGCUCACUUUCACCCACAGAGCAACGCUACGCGCAGGUCGAAAGGGAGGCCCUGGGUCUAACCUGGGCAUGUGAGCGCUUCCGGGACUUCCUGUUAGGAAAGCACUUCUGUCUAGAGACUGACCAUAAACCACUCCUUUCCUUACUGGGCGCACAAGCGCUCGACCUGUUGCCACCAAGGAUACAGCGUUUUCGAAUGAGGCUCAUGCGCUACUCUUAUAACAUCGUGCAUGUUCCGGGGAAAUCGCUCUGGAGUGCCGACACGUUGUCACGGUCACCAAAUCAGGAACAGAUGACCGCAGAUGACACCGAACUGAUGGAGAGCACGAACAUUUAUGUGGACUGCAUUGUCAACAAUUUGCCGGUCAGUCCCACGUUUAUGGACACACUCAAGGCACAGCUGGAGGCUGACAGUGUGUGCUCUCGCGUCAUGAAAAUGUGUGCAGACGGAUGGCCAGAGCACGCAAAGCAGGAACCGCUCCUAAAACACUUCUGGCCUGAACAGGCCACACUCACUGUACAAGAUGGAUUGUUGCUGAAGGACACGCGUCUGGUCAUUCCAGCAGCAAUGCGGAACGACGUGCUGGACAGGCUGCACGAGGGUCAUCAAGGGGUUGUGAAGUGCAAAGCACGUGCCCGUCAGACCGUGUGGUGGCCCGGGCUCGGACAACAAAUCACGGAGAUGGUGCUCAGAUGUAGAACGUGUCUGCAGGAGCGCCGUAAUCACAGUGAGCCGCUCAUGCCGUCAGACUGCCCUGAGCGCCCGUGGCAAAAGCUGGGGGCCGACCUCUUUGAGCUAGGGGGGAAGAUCUAUCUCCUCGUCGUUGACUACUUCUCCAGAUAUGUCGAACUCGUCCUGUUGACACACAUAAAAUCCAAGGAUGUGAUUAACCAUCUCAAGUCAAUGUUUGCCAGGCACGGCAUCCCAGAGAGUCUCAUGUCUGACAAUGGGCCUCAAUUUUCCGGCCAGGCGUUCGCUUCCUUCGCCACAGCAUAUGGGUUCAAACACCUUACCAGUAGCCCCAAAUUCCCACGUAGCAAUGGCGAGGCUGAGCGAGCUGUACAGACCAUGAAAAAUCUUCUGAAGAAAGCAUCCGACCCGUACAUGGCUCUUCUUGCAUAUAGAGCCACUCCUCUUCAAAAUGGAUACAGCCUGGCACAGUUGCUCAUGGGUCGACGUCUCCGCACCACGGUGCCGACACAUCCAUCUGAGCUACAACCUGCGCUGCCUGACCGCAGCUUGCUGUUUCAAAAAGAAAGGGAGAAGAGGAUGUCAGAUGCUGCAAACUUCAACAGGCGUCAUCGUGCGAAGCCACUUAGUGGCCUGUCACCAGGUCAGGAGGUGUGGAUAACUGACUCAAAAACAUCUGGGUCAGUAAUCCAGAGGCACACCUCGCCGAGAUCUUACCUUGUGGACGCACCACAUGGGGAGGUAAGACGAAACCGCCUGCAUCUUAUACCACUCCAGUCGCCAGCACAGGAUGAGGGUGGACAGCAGCAACAGGAGCCUCUGCCGGUCCUAGAGCAGGAUCAUGCACCACCUGUUUUGGGGUCUCCAGUGCCUUCUCCGGGAGAUUCUACUCCCAGAACCAGGUCUGGAAGGGUGAUUAAACAGCCCACUAGACUGAACUUAUGA